AAAAGCUGCCACCCCAUGUUUUGCUAAUUUGUGUACAAUAAAUAGCAAUUUGAUUCCCUCCCCCUUUUUCAUUAUAAACAAACAAAGUCUCCCUCGACUUUCUCUCAAAACCAGUCGCCACCUAUAUCUGUGUUUAUCUUUUCUCCCUUAUUCCCUCCUGCUUCAGAGCCAAACACUCGUUUUCCCCUCUCCCCACCCUUUUCCCCUGUAUAUUAUUCCCAAAGCGAUUUACGUUGAAGCAAAGAAUAAAUAAACCCCACACCUUAGCUUUUUUUCAUCAAUGGCGGUUGAAGCUCCGCAUAUGAACCUUUUCCCUCCUCAGUUACUCACCAACAGCAGAGGUUUCCUGAAAACAAAUCAAGGGAGUGGCAAUCUAUGCGAUACCCAGAUAGAUGCUUGUGUUCCUUUGGUUGAUUCAAUGCAACGUGAUUCACAGCUUUUUCCAUUGUAUCAGCCCUUUGUUUGUGAUCCGAUUUCAGCCAAAACUUCGAUCAACAAAGCUGAUAGCGGCCUUACAUAUAACAUGAAUACCCCAGUCUCAGCACCAAGAAAAAGGCCCAGAGAUUCAUUCGUCAAUGGCCUUGAUUCAUAUCCCAUAUCUCAAAAGAGUAAACUUUAUGAUUUUUCCUCUGUUCUUGACGAAUAUGUUCUGUCCCAGAUCCAACUGCAACAACAAGAAAUCGAGCGUUUCAUUGUUAAACACACCGAAAAAGUGAGGUUUGAACUUGAAGAAAUAAGGAAAAGUCAAUCAAGAAUGUUGAUUUCAGCAAUCCAAGAAGGGGUGAUGAAGAAACUGAUGGAAAAGGAAGAAGAGAUGCAAAGAAUGGGGAAACUAAACUGGAUUCUUCAAGAAAGGGUUAAAAGCCUAUACGUGGAGAAUCAACUGUGGAGAGACCUGGCACAAACAAACGAAGCCACUGCCAAGUCCCUGCGCAACAAUUUGGAAGAGGUUCUGGCGCACGUCGGCGACGAACGCCACGUGAGAGGUGGAGUUGCAGCUGCGUUGGCGGACGAUGCGGAGUCUAGCUGUGGCAGCAGCGAUGAAGGGUGGCGCAAGGUGGUACCACCGCAACCACAAGUGAGUGGUGGUCGUGCAGAAGUGGGGAAUGAUAAUAGGAUUAGGAAGUGUAGGAAGUGCGGGGAGAUGGAGUCAAGUGUGCUGUUGCUGCCAUGCAGGCAUCUUUGUCUCUGUACAUCUUGUGGGUCCACUCUGGUAGGCACUUGCCCUGUUUGUGAUUCUAUUACCAAUGCCAGUGUACAUGUUAACAUGUCAUGAAACAAUUUUUUCUUCUUUUUUAGAGUUAGUGAAAAAAAGGAACUGCAUAUAUCUUUUCUAGAAAUGGAUCAUUAUAAAAACGGUUUCAGUA